CGAUUUAGAUCCUUUUUUUCGAGAUUUCCAGACGGGAGUUCGAGUCGAUGGGCCACCAAAAGAGACUAAGAAUUUUCGUAGGCUUUCUCAAAGACAAAGCAUCCUUCAUCAAAACAACUUUCUCAUCCAAACGCCAAACCUCCUCCAUCCGCCGCGCCGUCCUCCGUGCCACCUCGCAUGUCACUUCUACUCCUCCUUCGGAUAAGCGCAUCGCCGCCGUUCUUCACUUUGGCCAUGGCUCUCGACCCAGGGCGUCCGCGUGCAUUCAAGCUCUCAUGGACCGCCUCCAUGCCACACGCAACGCUUUUGUUGCCCUAAAGUGUCUCUUCAUUAUUCAUCAUAUCAUUAAAAAGGGUUCUUUUAUUUUGAAAGAUCAGCUUUCGAUUUAUCCUUCUUAUGGUGGCCGAAACUCUCUUAAUUUGUCAAUGUUUCGCGAUAAAUCGGACCUGGAAAGUUGGGAACUUUCGUCAUGGGUAAGGUGGUAUGCUUCUGUUUUGGAGAUAAAUUUAACUGUUUCCAGAGUUCUGGGUUAUCACCUCUGUUCUCCAAAAGCAACUAAAAAGAUUAAUGAUGAUAAACAAGAGAAGGUUUUGACAUUGUUAAGCUCGGAUUUGUUAAGAGAGAUAUAUGCUCUAGUAAGCUUCGUUGAAGAGAUAACUGACGUACCCAAUACGUUGAAUCUUCAGAGUAACAAUUUGAUACAUGAGAUUGUGGGAUUGGUCGGUGGGGAUUAUAGGUUAAUACAACAGGAAAUUUUCCUCCGUGUUGGUGAAAUCGAUGAGAGAAUGGUCAGUUUAAGCAGGGAAGAAUUGACUCAGUUUCUGAAUGCUUUGAAAAGACUUGAGAAUUGCGAAGACAGAUUGCUACGGUUGUUUGUUAACAGGAAUAAGAAUCAUGGGUUGUGGAAUUUGAUACGCGAAACUACGACGAAGAUCACGGUAGUGGCUGUGAAUAAGAAUGUGCAGGAGAAGGCGUUAAUGAAAAUAUGGAGACGAGAUGACUCAACCGAGUUGAGUCGGAUUAGACAACCAUUUGUUGGCGCAGUCGUUCCGGUUAAUAUCGAUUCAACUUCAAACAGAGGGUUCGACUCAACUAUGAUUUCUCGAUAAAAAGAAAAACAUGUCUGUAAUUGAACUGGGUUCCCUAUCAUUAUGUGCUGUGUGAUGACGUAAGUUGAUUCAGGUUCAAAUAUUUUGUCGUAGAUAAUUAGUGACUCUCUUGUUUUAAAAUACAUUUGUAAAUAAAUAAUAAGAUUUUGUAUUUUUCUA